CGAAGGAAUCGGUUUCAUAACAAAACGUCACAUCCUCUGACCGCUAACAAAGGGGAUUGGUGUUAGGAAUUUGCAUCAAUGCUGCGUUCGAUCGCAACAUUCCUGUGCCUCCGGUGCCAACCUGUCACAGCUCUACCUUUAAACCUCAGAUCACGUGCGACACACAGUGUAGCAGAGAACCAGCAGACUGUAGAAGCUCUUUAUGAUCUAUCUGUGGACAUCCAGAAGGUCCGGAAACUUAAAGGAUGGGUGCUGUUUCAGAGUCCAGCCUACACAAAAGAAGUAGCUGAACUCCUAAAGAACAUGGGGGCCUCGGGCCCCAUCAUUGCUCAUAUUUUAACAAGUCAUCCUGAGGCUGUCCUCUGUAAUCCUGAGCAGAUUUACACUCAAAAAGAGCUGUGGAUGUCUGUGUGUCCAAACCAGAGGGAGCUGGUUGGUAUCAUUGAGAAAUUCCCAGCCUCAUUUUUCACCUCCUCCAGUCACCAUGACAACCAGCGAAACAACAUCUCCUACUUCCAGAGUUUAAACCUGAACAAACGAGUCAUCACCAAACUCAUGGCCAGCGCUCCUCAAAGCUUCAGCCGGCCAGUAGAGCAGAACGAGCUGAUGGUCCACACUCUCCAACAGGCCUACCAGGAGCUCGGGGGGGAGGAGGCCAACAUGAAAAUCUGGCUUCAGAAGUUGCUGAGUCAGAACCCGUUUGUUCUUCUCAAGCCUCCAGAGGUGCUGAGGGAGAACUUCCUUUUUCUGAGAGACAAGGGCUUCAGCACGCCCCAGCUGCUCCACCUGCUUUCCAGGCUGAAGGGCUUUGUGACUGAGCUGAACCCAGACAGUAUGUGUCGCACUCUGCUGUACUCUCAAGACACCAUUGGGUGCUCUGAGACCGAGCUGCGGGACAUCAUCCUCAGGUGCCCAGCUCUUCUGUACUACCCUGAAUCUACUCUGGCUGAACGUUUUGAGGGUCUUCUCAGUGCUGGGAUCAGCAUGUGUCAAAUCAAAGAGACUCCAACUGUCCUAGAACUAACCACGCAAAUAGUAAAUUAUCGCAUCCAGCGACUGAAGGCUCGAGGUUAUGACAUAAGGACAGGUAGUCUGGAGGUGCUAAAUGGCACUAAGAAGGACUUUGAGAUGAGCUUUGGAAAACUACAGCUCCGUAGGGAGAGACCACUUUUUAAUCCUGUUGCCCCUUUAAAAGUGGAUGAUUGACACGGGUUGUAUGGACGAACACUAACUGGAUCCAUGUCGUUCCUAUGGGUAUUUGUACUUUGUAAAAGAUUAAGGUGUCUUAAUUACAAAUGUGCUUUCACUUCCACUGACAUUAUAAUCAUAUGUUUGAAUUUAUUGCUGUAGUUUAAUUGGAUUAACUACAAUGAUGCCAUUUAAUCUGUACAGUGAAUUUUGCCUGUGAAGAUGCCUUAAAUUGGAAUCUGAAUACUCUGUAAAACAAUCUAUUAAAGACUUGCUUCAUAAUUUAUUUAUUUUUUACUUGUAUGUUUAAAACUGGGUUUUAAAAACAGCUGAAGGUACAAUGCAGAGAAUGUUUCAUAGCCUUUCUCCUGCCAAAAUCUCCAACCUCGUGGGAUGUAAUGUAAUUAAAAUCCAGUUA